AACCCUAAACCCUAAUUUAAUCAGAUUAUUCAUGUAUUUAUUCUUUUUAUUUCUUGGGAGGCUUAGUGUUUGAAUUGACUCAGCCAGAUCCAGUAGACUUAAGAGAUGUAUGGCUUUUAACAGAUUAUUAAAAGGGCCAUGACCUUGUGCAUGUCUCACUGUUUCAGGAUCCCAGGUGGUCCUAACCUUCGGCAUUUUUGCCCAAAGUGGCCUCUUUUGAACUCAAAAUUGUCUUCUUGCUGUCAGUCUGAGCUUUCAAUGGAAUAUGACCUCAAAUAGUUGGAAGAGGCUCUAUUGAGAUGGUUUCACUUGUGGCUUUCGAAUGGAAACAGGAUCUUCUGGUUUCAUAUGGUUGGGAAGGUAUAUGAAAUGAUGACGAUCCACCUUUAUGAAACUCUUUUACUUUUUUUGCAUGCACCUGCCUGUUAACAUGACAAUUAGAAAAAAAUAAUUGACAUGUAUUUCAAACUUUAGGGAAAUCAGUUCAACAUGGUUUGCUCAGAAGUUUAUGUCAUCAUGAAGAGCCAUCAGGUUUUGCACUUCUAAGGGGAGAGGUACAUAGCUUUAGUUACUUUUUAAAUAUCUAUUUGAGUUUGGAACUUGUCAACUUCUGUGCAUUAGGAAGCAGAUUGUUGGUGGUGAGCCUCUUUCUAUAUUGAACUGGUACACCGCUAAGGUUAAUCAAAAGGAUUAAAUACUCUUCAUCGCUUCUAAAUGAGAUGGUUUUCUUUUAUCCUUUUCUAAUGAAAUCAAUAAUGAACCUGUUGCUGGUUAAAGACUUGAACUGGACCUCUAGUAGGUUAAUAUAUCUGAAUCUUCUGCACUUUCAUUUCCUUUUUUCUUUGUGGUCUGUUAAUUUUCACAGUUUUACAUGUUAGAACUCCUGAAAGUCUAUCUGAGGCUAAUGUGCGGGGUUCAAUUUUUUAUCCGCAGGAGCCCAUGCAUUAAACUGGUGUUUCUGAAGAGCAGCUUGGGCUUUGGUAGAAUCUUUUUAAGGCCAGGAGGUUAAAAUGAUGAUAAUUGGAUAUGGUUCCUUUCUGAACCUGAAACCUGCUUGAGUAUGGUUCCGAGAUCUGAGAUCAUUCCCAGGCUACCAUCUUGUCAAGCAAAGCGGAAGGGUAUUGGUUAGUCAUUUUGCAUGAGUCAUUUGAAUGAUAACUUCUCAUAGGAGUUCAACCAUACAAUGCCUUUCAAGAACUUUCUUUUGGAAGCUGCUUUGCGCUCAUGGUGGUAAAAUUUUGAAGCAAAAGCACCAGGGAAUGAACAGGUCUCUGAAGAUGUUGGAAUUAAUGCAUCCACCUUCUCUGUGGGGUAUAACUUCUUUACUGGGACACACUUCGUUAUUCAAGAGCAAACAAGCUAGAUUGAAAUGCUUGAAUUUUUGUGUGCUUGAAAGCUCUGUGCUUCUAGUGAUUCAGAAAAUGGAGUUUUCCUGCAUGCACUAAAUGAUCAAUGAAGGUGCAAGGCAAGUAUUUCAGCGUGACAUAUUUUCCCUUCUCUUUCCUCUUCCUUCCUCUUCUCGAUGUGGGUGCCUGCUUGAUGAUAGUAUAACUGUGUUUUGCCAUCAUUUUGGUUCUUCUGCUGGUAAAUCUAUUGCAACACAAUACCCGUCAGCGACCCAUUUCAGGAGUCUUGAUGAUGUAUUGCUUUUCUUCGAUGGCUUGGUCGGUAAGCAACCUUUCCCAUCGAUUCAGAAUUUCAACCGACUGUUAGGGGCCACUUCCAAGAUGAAACAGUAUCCCACUGUUCAUUCCUUGUUUAAACAGAUGGGCUCCUUAGGAAUUCAACCCGAUUUGUCCACUCUGAAUAUCUUAAUCAAUUCCUUACGCCACUUGGGUCGGGUGGAUUUUGGUUUCUCUGUAUUGGGUAACAUCCUGAAACGUGGUUAUGAACCAAAUGUUGUUACAUUGAGCACUCUGAUUAGGGGGCUCUGUUCAAAGAACGAUAUUGGCCAGGCAAUGGAGUUUUUCUACAAAAUGUUGGAGUUAGGGUAUCCCUGUAAUGAGGUCACUUAUGGAACAAUAAUUAAUGGGCUUUGCAAGAGCGGAGAUGCUGUUAAGGCCCUUGUGUUGUUCAGGGAGAUAGAGCAGAAUGGUAGGUGUAAUCCAGACUUAAUCUUGUAUAGCAUAAUCAUUGACGGUCUCUGCAAACAGGGGCUGGUAAACGAGGCCAUGGACCUCAUCAUAGAAAUGAAAGGGAGAGGCAUCUCACCUAAUGUUGUUACUUAUAGCUCUGUGAUUCAUGUCCUGUGUAAUUUUGGGCAGUGGAAAGAAGCUGCAACCCUUUUUGAUGAAAUGAUGAAUCAUGGAAUAAGACCAGAUACAGUAACUUAUACCAUUAUGAUAGAUGGUCUUUGCAGAGGAGGGAGGUUGGAGGAAGCACGUGCCCUGUUCAGUAUAAUGCUUCGAGAUGGGGUGGUGCCAAAUGGUUUUACUUAUAAUUCCUUGAUUCAUGGCCUAUGCAAUUCAGGCCAGUGGACGGAAGCCAACCAGCUGUUCCAUGAAAUGUUGGAAAGGGGGAUUUCAGCAGAUGUAGUUACCUUCAAUAUAUUGGUUGCUGCUCUUUGCAAAGAAGGGAAUGCCAAAGAAGCUCAUGAGCUCUUUUAUUUAAUGAUUCAGAAGGGUGUGGAGCCCGAUUUAAUCACAUGCAAUGCCUUGAUAGAUGGAUAUUGUUUAGUGGGUCAAAUGGAUGAGGCAAUGGAGUUCUUUACUACCAUGAUGAGUUGGGGAUAUAAGCCUGACACCAUUACUUAUAGUGCACUCAUUAAUGGCUAUUGCAAGUGCAGGAGGAUGGGUGAAGCCUUCCAGCUCUUUAAAGAAAUGCCCCAGAAGGGAAUAAUCCUUGACACUAUUACUUAUACUUCUCUUAUUCAAGGAUUUUUCCUUGUGGGCCAAGUUGGGUAUGCGCUGAAGGUUUUCAGAGAAAUGCAAGUUCAUAGGCACAACCCAGACCAAUUCACCUAUUCUAUAUUGAUGAACGGGCUAUGCAAAAGCAAGUGUAUUGAUGAUGCACUGAAAUUGUUUCAUGAAAUUGAUUCUAAAAACCUUAAUAUUCUUAUUUACAGUGUCCUCCUUGAUGGAAUGUGGGAGGCAUGUAUGCCAAAAGAGGCCGAAGAAUUGUUCAACUCCUUGUCUUCCAAAGGUUUGGAGCCUAAUGCUAAAACAUAUGGCAUCAUGAUCAAGGGACUCUGUAAAGAGGGCUUGUUGAGCAAAGCUUGGGAUUUGUUCAUGAAAUUGGAAGAAAAGGGUUGUCCUCCAAAUGAUGUGACUUAUAAUAUCUUGGCUCAAGGAUUUCUUCAAAAUAAAGAGACCAAUAAGGCAUUUGAGCUUCUGAAUGAAAUGUCUCACAGAGGUUUCUUACCUGAUGCAAAGACUGCAUCUCUGAUGGUGAAUUUGCUUGCACAUGGGGGGUCUGAAUGGGAAUGUUUCGAAAGACUCCGCAAAUUUGUGCCAAAUAGUGGCUCACAAGCUGUUACCUGGCUUGAUUUUUCACUUACAGCUCUGAGACUGUUUCUUUGUUGGGAACUUGUUAUCAUCACGGAGCUGGUUGCAUGGCCUCAAUUCCUCAAAUCCUUCCCUGUGCUCUCUGCUCUCUUCUCCCUGCUCCCUGCCAAGAGAAUUGAACAGUCCAUCACUUCAGCUCACUUGCAAGAGUGCAGAGGUCAACAAAAGAACCAUCGAAAUGACCAAGUAAGAUACCCAAGUGUAAUGGGGUUGAGGUUGAUGAGAUGGGCUGCUUCCCUUGUUUAUCUAAAUCAAAAGGGUAACAGUCCUUUUCUUCCCUUAUCUCUUCGUUCAUUUUUAACUGUGUCUCGCCAUCAUUUUGGUACUUCUGCUGAUAAAACCAUUAGAAUACAAUAUUCACGGGUUGCCCGCUUCGAGACUCUUGAUGAUGCUUUGGGUUUCUUUGAUUGCCUGGUGCAAACAAAACCUUUACCAGCAAUUUGGGUUUUCAAUCAACUGUUGGGAGCAAUUUCCAGGAUGAAACACUAUCCUACAGUGCUCUCUCUGUUUAAACAGAUGAGCUUCUUCGGAAUUGCACCAAAUAUGCAUACUCUGAGUGUAUUAAUCAAUUGCUUCUGCCAUUUGGGUCGGGCGGAAUUUGGUUUCUCUGUCUUGGGGAACAUCCUGAAACGUGGUUAUGAACCAAAUGCCGUCACAUUAAGCACUUUGAUUAGGGGACUCUGUUCAAAAAAUGAAAUUGGUCAUGCACUGGAGUUCUUCUGCAAAAUAGUGAAGUUGGGGUAUCCAAGUGAUGAGGUCACUUACGGGACUAUAAUUAAUGGGCUUUGCAAGAGCGGAAACGCUGUUAAGGCCCUUGGGUUGUUCAGAGAAAGAGUACAGAAUGGUGGUUGUAACUCGGACUUAAUCAUGUAUAGCAUGAUCAUCGACGGUGUCUGCAAAGAGGGGUUGGUAAGUGAGGCCAUGAAUCUCUUCACAGAAAUGAAGGACAGAGGCAUCUCACCUAAUGUUGUUACUUACAGCUCUGUGAUUCAUGGCCUCUGCAAUUUUGGACGAUGGAAAGAAGCUGCAAGCAUAUUUGAUGAGAUGAUCAAUAAUGGAAUCAAACCUAACACUAUAACAUUCACCGUUAUGAUAGAUGGUCUUAGCAGAGUAGGGAGGUUUGAGGAAGCACAUGCCCUGUUCGAUGUAAUGCUUCAGAAAGGUGUGUUGCCUAAUAUCUUCACUUACACUAGCUUGAUUCAAGGCCUAUGCAAUUCAGGCCGAUGGAAGGAUGCCACCCGGUUGUUCAGUGAGAUGUUGGAAAGGGGAAUUUCACCAAAUAUUAUUACCUUCAAUACAGUGGUUGCUGCUCUUUGUAAAGAAGGGAAGGCCAAAGAAGCUCAUGAGCUCUUUUACUUAAUGAUUCAGAAGGGUGUGGAGCCCGAUUUAAUCACAUGCAAUGCAUUGAUAGAUGGAUAUUGUUUACUGGGUCAAUUGGAUGAGGCAAUGGAGUUCUUUACUUCCAUGAUGAGUUCGGGAUAUAGGCCCGACACCAUUACCUAUAGUUCACUAAUUAAUGGCUAUUGCAAGUGCAGGAGGAUGAGUGAAGCCUUCCAGCUCUUUAAAGAAAUGCCUCGCAAGGGAAUAAUCCUUGACACUAUUACUUAUACUUCUCUUAUUCAAGGAUUUUUUCUUUCGGGCCAAGUUGGGUAUGCACAGAAGGUUUUCAAAGAAAUGAAAGUUCAUGGGCACAAGCCAGAUCAACACACCUAUUCUAUAUUGAUGAAUGGGUUAUGCAAAAGCAAGCGUAUUGAUGAUGCACUGAAACUGUUUCACAGAAUAGAUUCUAAAAACCUUGAUAUUCAUACUUACAGUGUCCUCCUUGACGGAAUGUGGGAGGCAUGUAUGCCGAAAGAGGCGGAAGAAUUGUUCAACUCCAUCUCUUCCAAAGGUUUAGAGCCUAAUGUUAAAACAUAUGGCAUAAUGAUCAAGGGAUUCUGCAAAGAAGGCAUGCUGAGCAAAGCUUGGAAUUUGUUCAUGAAAUUGGAAGAAAAGGGUUGUCCUCCAACUGAUGUGACUUAUAAUAUCAUGGUUCAAGGAUUUAUUCAAAAUAAAGAGACCAACAAGGCAUUCGAGCUUCUAAAAGAAAUGUCUCAGAGAAGCUUCUUACCUGAUGCAAAUACUGCAUCUCUGAUGGUGAAUUUGCUUGCAGAAGGGGGCCCUGAAGUUGAAUGUUUUGAAAGGCUUAACAAAUUUGUGCCAAAUAAAAUCUGACAAGGUCACAUUCAGAUGGCCAUUC